AUGUCAUUCUGCCAAUACGAUCUGAGCGAACCCUUCCCAACCAAACUUAUACAGCGAUUAAACAAACAUUUAUCUUCAACUACGGAAUCACCCGGUCGGUGUGUUGUGUGGAAUAACUAUGGUCCAGCUGAAACCACGAUUGCUUGUAUCAUCCAUCGUAUCGACAUGAGUUGUGAGCACAGUCGUACUGCCAUUGGCACCGUCAUCCCUGGUUAUCGAUGUCUGAUUGUGGACGAGUUCUCACAGCCAGUCACACUCAAUCAAGAGGGUGAAUUAUUGGUGGGUGGCGUAGGUGUUUUCGCUGGCUAUCUCGGGCGUAACGAUCUGACAGACAGAGCACUCGUCGACAUCGAUGGUCAAGUGUUCUACCGAACAGGUGAUCUGGUCCGACUCGAUAACGAUGGCUUGCUUUACUAUGUUGGUCGGAAAGACCAUCAGAUCAAACUACGUGGACAACGUCUCGAACCUGGUGAAAUCGAACGAUGUGUACUCGAAGCGUCGCCACUCAUCACGAGCAGCGUGGUCGUCAAGUGGGAUGAUGAUCACUUAGUUGCCUAUGUGCAAAGUGAUGACAUCAGCGAGAAAGAACUUCGCCAGCACUGUGAAUCGCAUCUCCCCUCGUACAUGGUUCCAUCAGUGUUCAUCGUAGUCAAACAACUACCACUCAACGCUAACGGCAAAGUGGACCGACAACUCCUUCCCGCACCCGACUUCUCCUCUCUACUAUCAUCGUCCACUUCCGAUGUAAACUACGAUCAAACCGCUGAGUCGAACACCGAACUUGAAGCGCGCAUUCACUCACUUUGGUGCGAACUGUUAGGCCACACUCGAAUUCCUACCACAGCAAGCAUUUUCAGCGUCGGCGGUCACUCUCUUCUUCUCAUGCAACUCUAUCAUCGUUACAAGACGACGUUCGACUUCGACACACAAGCUCUGAACAUCGCUCAACUGUUUAAGCAUACGACCAUCAUCGACCAUGCUCGUCUUCUCGCUCUAUCCAUCAACGACGAGCGAUACCAUCGAGAACAGUGGUUUCCACUCUGCGUCACUCAAGGUCCACUAUCGUUUGCUCAAGAACGAAUCUUUCUCGACGAACAAGUUCGUCUGAUAUCGAAAGACAAGAAUGUGUACGCGGUUCCUUUGAUCUACCGCCUAUCAUGUGUUCUAAGUUCAUUGUCCAUCAGUCGACUGCGCCGAGCACUUCACUCACUCGUCGCCAAACAUUCGAUUUUGCGUACUAAGAUAAGCACCGACACAAAUGGAGUUCUCAUACAAACUGUGCUGCCGAGUACGGAUCGCGCACAAGGCUACUUUGGUUUCCGUGUGACUUGCGUCGAUGACGAGCAGACUAACAUGCUCGAGAUAUUGGGCUGCUCAGAUCUGUUUGACUUGGCGACAGGUCGUGUGCUCCACUGUCAAAUCAUUCGUCAACAUACUCACUCCUUCGAUGAUAAUGAUGAUCAGCUAAGCGACGGCGACAUCAUCUCGUUUAACAUUCAUCACUCGGCUUUCGACGGAGGGUCAGCAGCAACCUUUCUCCGUGAUCUCUCUGUUGCAUAUGAGAGCGAUGAUGAACUGGAAACUGAAGACAGCGCUCUGCAAUACAUUGACUACGCGGCACACGAACGACAAUUAGGCAUGUCAGCAUCGGCCGACUUCUGGCGUGUACAACUCGAUGCAUAUGAUCUGGAGCGUGGCUUGGUGUUACCCGUUGAUCGACAUCGAUUGUCCGACGAGCGAUCUGGUGGAGCAUGGGUGGGACAGUUCACCUUCGACGAUGAUCUCUCUCGUUCGUUUCUGUCGUUUGCUUCUUUACACAAUGUCACGCCCUUUCAACUCGGUCUUGCCACUUUCUAUGCAUACUUAUUCAAGCUGACUGGUGGUCAACAAGAUCUGUGUGUCGGUUCGAUCAAUUCUAAUCGAUACAGAGUAGAACUGCGAAAUAUGAUCGGAAUGUUCGUAGCCACACUACCCUAUCGAGUUCAGCUAGAUCCAAAUGGCUCGUUCGAACAACUGGUUGGACAAGUGCGAGAUCGAUGUCUGUCGAUACUUGAACACUCACACUAUCCUCUUCAACACAUCAUCGGUAGUCAUCAUGCACCGGCGUUUCUUGAGAUUAUGUUCGACUUUAUCACCGAUGAAUCCAACAUCGAACGAGUAAAUCUGGGUGGUACCGUUUUGCAAUCGAUAUCAGCGGAUCUCUUUGAUCACAUAGCGAAGUUUGACAUGAUGGUUACCUUUGUUCACAGUCAAUCAACCGGAAUAUCCUGCUCUCUCGUCUGUUCACAAGAUCUUUUCGACGAUACCACUGUACAGUUAAUGACCGAACGAUUCUCGUGCCUUCUGCAUCACCUGUUCAACUCUGCUCUCUUCACUACUGAGAAACAGCCUCUUUGUCAAUUAUCGCUGAUUCUUCCACAUGAACAACUACUCAUUGAUGCCAUGAAAAACAACGAUAAUCACCGACCAUCGUCAACAGAUCAAAUCAUUUCUCAGUUGUUUUACGAGAAAGCUUCGAACUAUUCACAAAAAGUGGCUGUCGAUUUGGAUGAACAGUUCCUCACGUAUAGUGAACUGUUAGUUUACGCUCAACACUUGGCUGUUGUUCUCAUAGACACACAUGGUGUGAAGGUUGGUGAUAUUGUAUGCCAAUGUGUCGAGCGAAGCUUAUCUAUGGUCAUCGGCAUCAUGGCGAUCGAGACGGUCGGUGCAGUAUAUUGUCCGCUGUCACCUCAAGAUCCUCUUCACCGUUUGCACGCUCUCGUCGAACAAACUCAUAGUCGCCUUGUUCUCGUUCAUGCGUCCACACGAGAGAUAUUCGAUGGUCAUCAUGCAUUAUUAGAUAUUGACCAAGCUCUGAAUAUGAACAGCGAAGUGAGCGACAACGACCGUGAUCGCCUCUCACACGUUGCAGUGAGUGGCGACAACAUUGGAUACGUCAUAUUCACUAGUGGUUCUACAGGAACACCGAAAGCGGUUCAAGUGCGUCAGCGAAAUUUCGUAGAAGCCAUUCGCUCUCUAGUCGAAGUGGGCACAUUCAGUGAGAACGAUACAGU